ACCAGCUCGCAGCUCUUUCCGACCUACGCCAAUCCUUUCCCCUCCCUUCCUCUUACCUGCGAGCUCACACUCUUCAAUGGAACGGUGAUGCCCAGGCCCGCAAUGCCCGACAGCCCAUGAAAGUACUUAGCCGGAUUGACGGGUCCGUAUGCGGCGCGAUCCUCUCGACUCGACCCUCCGCGACUCGAGUUGCAGUUUCUUCCCAGCCGAAGCUUCGAGCCGACAGACCUACGAGGGCGCCGGCGUCCCAAUGCCGCCGAUACCAAACACGAUGUUCUCGCCUGCCAGUUACUCAAUGUCCUCAGACAGCCUCGUGGCUGCUGUCGACUUUUCUGCCGGCGCCCUCCAAUCACCCCCGUGCCUGGUCGCGAUCGAAGAUGACAUGCCGCGAGCGCUUCCAGCGGUAUAGUCAUGCUGCUGCGACUGCAGCAACAGUGGAACCACAGUCCGAUCCCUUGGUCAUACAGAAAAAGAAAAGGCGACUUCUCAAGGUCGUGGAUCAUCAUGACGUCGGGACCGUGGAGGAGCACUGGGAGCUCGUCGAAGAUCCCUAUCUCAACAAAUACGCCCGGCCAGAGGAUACCAAACUUGUGAUAUCCGAGAGAACGGAAGACCAGAAAUAUCCAUCACCUCACGAAACCCUCUGCGGCAAUGAAAGCGUCAAACAAAUAGUGACGAAGCUGUCGUCCAUGGUCAGGUCCAGGCUGAGGUUUCGUUCGGAUGCCAGGUCGGACUCGAUAUACGAAUUGUACACGGCACUGCCAGAGCCUCGCAUGGUACACAUAUCAGCAAAUCUGCGCCACCGACUGCUCAAGGUGUUUGGCAUGCCGCGGAAGAAAGAAUCUCAGUCAAUGCUCCGAUACUUUGCACUCGUUGGCGAAGUCAAGGACUGCGGCAUAGCCCUUCAACGCACCGAAUGGAACUACGCCCUGGCCCUGGCCACCAGAUACGUUGGUAGGACCACCGAAACAGAGGUUGAGUAUGCUCUCUUGCUGUGGAGGGAGAUGGAGAAGCAGGCAGGCGUCAAGGGCAACAACAUCACGUUCAACAUCCUGUUUGACGCUGCGUCAAAAGCUGGAAAUUUCCAACUAGGCGAAAUGCUGUGGAAGGAGAUGAAGGCACGGAAGAUCCGGUUCAACCGAUAUCACCGAGUCAGUCUGAUUUUCUUCUUCGGACUUCAGGAGAAUGCCGACGGCGUCCGGGCUGCCUACAAGGAGAUGGUGGAAGCUGGAGAGAUGGUCGACACUGUGGCUCUCAACUGCGUCAUCGUCAGCUUUCUGAGAUGCGGCGAACAAGAGGCGGCGUUGAAAGUCUACAACUACAUGAAGGGCACCGGGUCAAAGGCUGCCGUCAAUUUCCCUCGAAAAGACUACUUCAAGGACCAGGUAGUUACCAAGAUCCUUUUCAUGUUCGCAUCAGUCGGCAGGAUGGUACCGGAGCUUCGGCCCCAAUUACAGGAGCUCGCAGGCACCGCCCCUGACAUGCGAACAUAUCGCAUUCUCAUCAAGCACUUUGGCGUCGAGAGAGGCGACCUUGGCAGGGUUGCCCAGUUCCUCGACGAGAUGUGGCAGUUCGAGGUGCCUGUUGACGGGUCCGUCUUUUUGGCUAUUUUCGUAGCCUUCGAAAAGCACGGUGGCAAGGCCUUUUCCGCGUGGACACCAGCCCGGUUGGAGAAGGUCUUAUCCGCGUUGCUGAGAGCAAUCGAUUACAAAACCGAGGGUCUUUACCUCGACACCUGGCUCAUGGGGUGGGCUCUUCGGGCCUUUAUGAAAUGCGCCAACGAAGUCAGAGCUGGGGAAGUGUACGAAGAGUUUCAAAAGAGGUGGGAUUUGCCGCCAGACAGAGCGCGGUACAUGGAGAGUUAUGUCGCCAGGAUCUUGCAUCGCAAGAGUCAAGACCGUUUUUCCAGCAGCUAGCCUGUGACCCGAUCGCAGGAGAGGCUCAAGGCAGUCAGGCAACUGCCAUUGUAAAACAAGUAUAGAC